AUUUCACAAACCCAUAAAAAUGAAAAUAUCUUCUCUGUCCAAACUACUACUCUCUCUACUCCACUCUUUCCAUGGCAGCCAUGUCGGCUACUCCCACCGUCUUAACUUUCUCUCCUACCAAUCACCACCAUUCAGGAAACUUCCCCCAAUUUUUUUACAAUUCUCUGAAAAACUCCAAAAAAGUACCUCCAAAGUCACCAACUUUUGUUUUCAACGGCGUCCGAAUCGUUCAUAAUCAACGCAAUUUCCGCGAAACUUCAAUACCCUCUACAGUUUUUAGACUUAAUUCCCAGUUUCUUCAAGUGGGUCCUCAGAAAACUCACUCUACUCGAAGCAUUUCGGCCAAAUCAAUGGGGUCGGAAGGCAAUACAGCCUCCAUAGUCCUACAAAAUGUGUUCGGUGUAUUGCAUUUGAUUGUUUCGCUUGGAAUUAUACUGGCAAUAGACAAAUUUUUGAAAAAGGCUUUUGUUGCUGCUGCUAUUAAGUUCCCAAGUGCUCUUUUUGGGAUGUUCUGUAUUUUCUCCAUUCUAGUGAUUCUUGAUUCUACUGUCCCUGCUGUGGCGACGAGCUUGAUGAACUUCUUUGAACCUGCGCUUCUGUUUAUUCAGAGGUGGCUUCCGUUGUUCUACGUGCCGUCAUUGGUGGUUUUGCCUCUUGCUGUUAAAGAUAUCCCUGCAGCUUCAGGAGUCAAGAUAUGUUUCAUUAUAGUUGGAGGUUGCCUGGCUUCACUUUGUGUUGCAGGUUUUACAGCUAUAGCUGUAAGAAAAAUGGUAAAGACAGAAAUGAUGGCCGCUGAGCCUAUGGCAAAACCUUCUCCCUUUUCUGCCUUAGAAGUGUGGACUUGGAGUGGGAUUUUUGUUGUAUCAUUUGCUGCAGCAUAUUUGCAGCCAACGGCACUUGUAACAAGAGCUCGAACAUGCCUUCCUUUCCUACUAUCCUCUACUGUGUUAGGCUAUAUUGUUGGUUCUGGGUUGCCCUCUGAUUUGAAGAAGGUUUUCCAUCCAAUUAUUUGCUGUGCAUUAUCUGCAGAUCUGGCAGCAUUGGCAUUUGGAUACCUAUCCCGGUCUGGAAUUGAUCCCGUCCUAGGAUAUUACCUUACAAAGGUCUCAUCUAAUCCUGGAGCUGGUGACAUUUUAAUGGGAUUUUUGGGAUCUGUUAUUCUCUCUUUUGCCUUCUCAAUGUUCAAACAACGGAAGCUUGUAAAGAGGCACGCAGCGGAGAUUUUCACAUCUGUUAUUGUCGCGACCUUAUUCUCAUUGUAUUCAACUGCUCUCAUAGGACGUCUUGUUGGGUUAGAACCAACUUUGACUGUCUCAAUUUUACCCAGAUGUAUAACGGUGGCACUAGCCCUCAGCAUUGUGUCUUUGUUUGAAGGUGCCAAUUCUUCCCUCACAGCCGCUGUUGUUGUGCUAACUGGUUUGGUUGGAGCAAAUUUUGUGCAAGCAAUGCUUGACAAACUUAACUUCCGUGAUCCCAUUGCUCGAGGAAUUGCAACUGCAUCUAGUGCUCAUGGAUUGGGAACAGCAGCAUUGUCAGCUAAAGAACCUGAGGCUCUCCCAUUUUGUGCCAUUGCUUAUGCUCUCACUGGUAUAUUUGGUUCUCUGAUUUGCUCAGUUCCAGCUGUCAGACAAAGCUUGCUUGCUGUAGUUGGAUGAAGUUAUAAGCAGCUCAAUAUCUACAUUUGGUGAUUGGCAGUUCUACCCGUCUUUUUUUAUUUUUUUUUUUA